ACGGCGACGACUGUCCUUGGUUGUUCUCUUGAAUGAUAGCCUGACUUGGUGUGACAAAGCAGCUCCAAUGAUUAUAUACUUUAUCCUCAACACCUUAUAAGCUUGUUUAAGUAGUACCUAAUAUCCGGUUUUCGACUCCCCUUCUCAUGAAACCGCAUAAUGUCGGGCGCCGAAGCCAUUAUUGCAGUGAUUUCCUCGAUAAUUUCGAUUGUCGAUGGGACCAAACGAAUCUAUGACGCCGCUACGAGUGUCGAAGACCUUCCCGAAGCAUUUCACGAGGUUGCCGGUCGACUAUCAAUCGUCACAAAUAUUUUGGACGCAUCCAAGCAGUAUCUCAAGGAGGGAGAUAUCAAUGAAGAUUCGUGCAAAGGAGUAAAGCACGUUGUUGAGGCCUGCCAAGAAAAGGCUAAGAAGCUAGAUGACCUAUUCCAGAAGGUUAUCCCUAGUGAUAGUGCCUCGAGAAGGCAGCGAUACUUUUCAGCUGUCAGAACUCUGGGCAAAGGAAAUGAGGUAGAGAAGUUAAUGAAAGGAAUGUUAGAGGACGUGCAACUCUUGGCCUGCGAGCGCGAUAUGAACAUAGCGACCAGAGUCCAACAAGAGCAGAUCGCCAAGGCUAUUACAGAACUGUUGGCUAUCCCACCCUCUGUGCCCGAGCACGUGUUUCAAGAGACCGGUUUCACGGCAAACAGUUCUGGAUCUGGUACUCAGACGAACUUCAACGCUCAGGGAGAAUACAUCGCUCAGAGCGAGCCCGGCGAGGCGCGACAGUACAACUCUGGUGGCGGCGCGAUCUUCAAGGCGCCUAUCUGCAAUCAUUCAACUACCUCAGGUAGUCGCCGCCUUGAAUAUAUCAUUACCGUUUUGUGUACUCUCUUGCCUAUAAUAAUUUGCAUCCUUAUGGUCCAAUUGCGAAACCUCACUAGACCUCUUUUUCAAGGGAUCAACGAUGACCAUGGUUGGGUUGAAGGCUGGAUUAAUAAUUGCCGCUCUCGAGCUGUCCUGGACAAUCCUGAUCCUGGGAACCCAGCCACUGUAAACCAAGCUUUCAACUUCACCGGCACCGGAAUCGACGAGAAAGCUAUGUGCAGUACUUUUCUUCGAUGUAUUCUUUAUCAGGCUACAGGAGACUAUCCGACUUAUUGGUCCUCAGCUGCGAGCAUCUUGGCAUUCAUACCUACUAUUGUUGGGUUGCUUAGCAACAGUAUCGAAGAGAUAGUUGCCCUUGCAGAUGAAGCCCCCAUGCUGGCGCUGCUUCUUGCCUUGUCCAGUACAUCUUCUUUCAGUAGCCGAUUCACCGAUUCCGAGGCACCUCAGAUGUUCGAACAGCAUGCUGGCUACAUUCUCGCAGCGGAAAGGAGCAUCGUGCAUCUUGUAUCGAAGAGCCUCCAUCACAACGAAAGAGGUCGUGGAGGAAGAUGGUUCAAGAAUGAAAAAUUUCAUAUGGGUGUAGCAAUGACAGCCUUGAUUGUGUGCACAGGGGCAGUCUGGUUUUCGGUUUGGAUGCUUACUUGCUACGGCUGUGUGGUAUGGUCUUGUCCGGUCAAGUUACACACCUCGUUAUGGGUAGCCCUGAGUCAGGUUCUGGCUGUUCUAAAUAUUGCCCUGCGGUCGUCGGUUUUCCGCACCGAGCAAAUCACGCUGCGUAUCCCAAAGAAUGCAAGAGCGGACAUAGCAAGGACGUCUAGACUUGUCCUAUCUCGUCCAGGACAAGGACGAAUGCCGACGCUUGAGAGAUGGGAGACGCUAACACAUGAGGCGGUUAGAGAUAUUACUGUUGCUUUGCGAUGCCGUCGCCAUGGUUGGAAACGCUGGUUCAUUCAGACGACCUCCUCUGUGAUCUCAUUUGCUCUGUAUACGUUUUCCACUGUUGUUUUGGCUAGUAUGAUGCUCAUUAUGCCAGUGACUGCUUGUUAUAUAAUGGUGAUUUUCAGCGUGGCAGGUGGCGUGGGACGAUUAGUUGGAUAUUGGGCUAGGUCUUCAUCAAGGUUGGGAAAAGCCGUAAUUGCUUUUGAUGUGCCAGAGAUACAUAUGAAGGAUUUGAAGGAGCGGUUGGAGAAUGUUAAUUGGCAGAAUUUAGAUAUAGAGUUGACGGAGAGACAAGUUGCUAAAUGACAAAACAUAUCGGAGGGCAAGCGAUCGUUAAACAAGUCAGAUAGCAGUGGGAAAUACAGUAUACAUUAUACAGAAUAUUACAUUUCAACCG